AUGGUAACAAGUUUAAAUAUAAUAAAGCAGCGUCGUAGUUGGGUCUGGUCGUACUUCAAGCGGGUGACGAGUACACUUGCUCAAUGCACCCUGUGCAAUAGGAACAUUUGUCAUGGAGGCAACGCCACCGGGAAUAUGAAUCGACAUCUCAAAAUGAUACACAACAAGACGGCUGAAACUGUUGAAGACAAGUUCUGGGCGAUACAUCAAAUUGUAAGGCAUUUUCAUACCGACGAAGAAUAUGAAGCAACGUUUCUUUUAUGGGGGUCAUUUGUACUA